UUAGCCAUCAUCCCAGGCGCUGGGGGAACGCAGCGUCUGCCAUGAACUGUAGGUGUGUCUGUAGCUAAAGAGCUGGUAUUUACGGCGCGGGUGCUGAGCGGGGACGAAGCCAAGCGUCUCGGCCUGGUGAAUCAGGCUGUGGAGCAGAAUAAGAGUGGAGAUGCGGCGUAUCUGCGAGCUCUGGAUCUGGCCCGUGAAACCAUCCCUCAGGGGCCAAUAGCGAUUAGAAUGGCCAAGUUAGCAAUCAACCAGGGAACAGAGGUGGAUUUGAACACUGGAUUAGCUGUUGAAGAGGCAUGUUAUGCUCUGGUGCCGCUUUUGGAUCCAAUCAGACCAAUCAUCGCAGAUUAGCGUCACGCAAAGGAGGAGUUUGGAAAAAUGAAUCGUUGAGUGAAUCGUUUGGGAGUCGUUGAGCAAAUAAGGU